AUGGUCGCAUCUAAAAACACUGCAUUGUCGCAAGGAACUUGGUUCAAUAAGCCAAAAUCUGUUUUUCAAGAGGCAGGAAAAGUCAUUCUGGAAACAGAUGAAAAAACUGAUUUCUGGCGUGAAACCUUUUACGGAUUUACCCGUGACAGUGGUCAUUUUUUGGGAGUACAGACAGAUAGUGCUUUUACUGCACAAGUCCGUAUUCAGGGAAGCUACGAGAGUCUUUAUGAUCAGGCUGGUAUCAUGGUUCGUAUAGAUGAUGGACAUUGGCUCAAAGCUGGCAUAGAAAUUUCUGAUGGGCACGCAAUGCUAAGCAGUGUUUUGACAAAUGGAAGAUCAGAUUGGUCAACAGCUAUCUACGACAAAAAUCCCAAGGACUUUUGGCUUCGUGUUACCGUUGAGAAGGGGGUGUUGAGGCUCCAAGUUUCUUCGGAUAAAAAGACAUGGCCAUUAGUACGUUUGGCUCCAUUCCCAGUUUCAGAUCAUUAUUUCGUUGGUCCAAUGGCAUGCACACCUGAACGUGGCGGACUAAACGUCACCUUUUCAGAGUGGAGCCUUACUUCUCCUUUGGGAAAGGCUUUACAUGAUCUGAGCUAG